AUGGAUCUCUCUACCAGUGCUGUGGUCUUCUUGUUCCUCACCUACCACCUCUCUGAGGCAGGAGAUCGAAGCUAUAAUUCAAUCCUCAUUGUGCCAAACGGCGGGGAGUGGGGAGAAUGGGGAAAAAUUGAAUCCUGUCCCAAAGGACAUGCAUACGGAUUCUCACUGAAGGUAAAGGCUUAUCUAGAUCUUCUUUUUGAUACCCUGAUCCCAAGGAAUAGUCACAAUAAUGUAAUAUAUAUAUAUUUUAAGUUGCUUCCCAUCUUUCUUUCUGAACCUAUUGCCUGUAUAUUGCUGCCUGCAAGGUGCUUUGAAGUGUUGACUGCCAUGCUUAAAGAUUUAAUAGCUCUGAAAAGUCUCCAUGCCACUUUGUCAGUCCACACUGGAGAGGCUUAGAGUGAAUUGCAUUUUGCAUAAAAGAAAACUGCAUGGACUGGAGGAAAAAGGGACAAGGAUACAGAAAAGUUUGGAGUGCAAUGAGUUGGCAAUAUUGUGGUCAGGUUUAUCUUCCUGAAAAGUGAGUGCCCAACUGGAAAAUACAGACUAAACUGUUAGUGUGGAAGUAACCCAGGUACGUUCUGGUGCUUUCUAGAAGGGUUGCCAUAAAUCCAGAUUUUCGCUGACAUGUCCAGGAUUUCAACAACUUUCCUCAAAAAAGCUCAACAACUUUUUGUGUUAGGAUUCUUACUUCUUGAAAUAAUAUGGCAACCCUAACUUCACAAACUGGAGGAAACCCGCUGCAGCAUAUGCAGACAUAAGAGAGGGAUUGAGGAUGCCUUAGCCAGCCAUUAGCAAGAUCAAUUUUUUCCUUUUAAGUUUGCUUACUUGGGGCCCAUUGGACUGGUUGCACCAAAAGCAAUUGUCUUUUGAUGCAGCUCAGAAUGUAAAUCUCAAUCCAGAACCAGUAAUACUUGUACACAAUUAGGGACAUGUAAUUAUGAACAGAUAACUGCUUAUUCAUGUUGCAAGCUACUACUUUGGAAAAUUCAGACUAGUUUGAUUAACUACAAUAACACCCCCUCUUUUGUAACAUACACAAUAUCUUUUUUCCGUUUUGUUUUCUGCAUGGGUACUAUUUCUUGUUUCUUCCUUUUUGUGCCUGAUCUUACUCUGUGCACUUGUAAUUUUGUACUUUUUAUUUUUCAGUAAAGAAUAUAAAACAGAGUCCUAGCUUGCAAAAACAGCUUCAUUGCAGUCUCUUUCUCUCAUUUGCACCAGACAGAGAGAAAACGAGGAUUGACUGGUGAUGAUACUUCCCUCAAUGGCAUCCGUCUCCAUUGCAGUAGUGGUGCAGUUGUACAAUCCACUGUCGGACCGUAAGCAUCUUCUUCAUUUUUCUCUUUGUUGCUUGGAAAGUGAUGAUGUGAGGGGCUGGCUGAAAUCUAUUAUGUUUCAGCACCAGGGCAGGAUAAUGUCAGGGUCUAUCAUCCUCAUUCUUAGCUCUCAGACUCUAAGGAUACCAACUCUAGGUUGCCUUCCAAAUUUCAGAGGAACCCAAGCCCCACAUAACAAAGAGAAAAGAGACUGCAACAACAGAGUACAAAGGUAAGGAAAAGCAUGAAGCAGCAGCAGCAACACAGAAUGAGGUUGUUCUGCUUUACAUCUGUUAGGCAAGAGCAGCAAUGCUUCAUGGCACCGAUUCACCCUUACCUUAAAAAACAGUCCCAUUCUUAACAGAAGAUUGGGGUUCAAAACCCCUUUAAAGAUUCUCUAGCUUCAUCUUCCAGGGGCAGAUUGGGAGGGUGUGGUGUGGGUGGACCCCGGGUGGCACAGGGCAGAUCCACCUACUCCAGGGGUCACAACACACAGCCCUACUUAGAAGUUGAGGUUUGGUAGACACACUAUACCUGAUGAGGUCUACAAAUGACACCUUUUAAAAAUCUAAGGAGGCAACUGCCCUCUUGACUUUCGUGGUGGAAAGCAAAUCAUUCCAAUUUGGGUCGUAUUUCCAGAGAGGCAGACAUUAUCAUAUUGUCUUCUUUUUUUUGCAGGUGGGGAGAGUGGACAGAGGUUAAGGAAUGCCCCAGGGGCUACCUGGUUGCCUUCACUCUGAAUGUUGAAUCCCGAAAAGGGCCAGCUGAUGAUACAGCAGCCAACAACAUCCAGUUCAGCUGUGGAGAUGGUGUUAUACUGGAGGGCGAGUCUCCCACCUUUGGUACUUAUGGCCAGUGGAGCAAGCGCUGCCCCGCUGGUGCCAUCUGUGGGAUCCAAACAAAGGUGGAGGCUCCAGCUCCAGGUGAUAGCACAGCACUUAAUGAUGUCAGGUUCUUCUGCUGUGACUGA